AUGAUAAAGACCAGCAUUGCCAAUGAAAUUGGAGCUACUAUACAGAAGACUACUCAGAAAGCCAUCCAAGCAGAUGGUAUAACCCAGCUAGCCGUCGGCGGAGAAGUCCAUUUGACUUUGUCCUGUAACCACCUUAAUUUGAAGUUGGAUGCACUUGUCGUUGAUAGUUUGGAUGUCGAUAUACUAGCCGGGACUCCUUUCAUGAUCACCAAUGACAUCUCCCUCUGGUCAUUGAAGCAAGAAGUGACCAUUCAAGGAUGCGAGAAUGUGUAUUAUGGCUCCAGACAACCAGCUGGGACCAUAGGCUCAAUCCAACAAACACAAACUACAGUCCUUCGUGCCCCAUCAUCCUCCACCAUAAUUUGGCCAGGACAGUACCUUAAAUUAGACCUUCCUGAUCACAUAGACCCAGAUUCUAUCCUUGCCCUAGAACCCCGUAAGGAUUGUUCCAGAUCAGACUGUGAGUGGCCAAGCCCCCAUAUUGUACAGGCAGUCACAAGAAAGAUCUGUAUACCCAGUCAGACCCCUCACCCUAAACGUAUCCCUCAUCAUGACCAUCUGUGUCAGGUCCUACCAACCUACAUCCCAGAUCCCCGACGUUCCCUAAUCUAG